AUGAAUCCGGAGAUGAGCGGCGAGAGCGAGAUGCUCAAGCUAGCUUCGUCGGCGCGUGCACUGCUGGCAGAUGCCGACGAUAGCACGAAGCUAGCGAGCGCGUUGGAAGCUCUCGAGCGGCGCGAAGUAGAGCAGCAACAAGAGGCGCAAGGGCGUCGAAAGGCUGUCCAAGAACUCGAGCAGCAGUUGGCGCACCAGCUCCUCUCGACCGCGCGACCUGCUCAUUUGCCCUCUGAGAGGGAUCAAGAGGCAAAGCUGUCCUCACUGCAAUCCACGAACUACACGCUCGGCAAGACGAUUGCAGAUCUCGAGCAACGAUUGGGCAGGAGUCAGGCUGCGCUCGAAAAGCUCAGGUCGGAUACGCACGCGCUGCCGAGCCAGAUUGGCCGCAAUGCCGUCUCACUGGAUGACAUUGGGCCGGAAGCACUCCAGCUAAAGCUAUAUAGGUCCAUUGGCUUCACUCUUUUGGCGACAAGGGAUGAUCCUCGGACGUGGUCGCGAAUGCUUCUGCGCUCCGACCGGACACGGCAGACGCACGAGCUCAACCUGAACACGCGCGGGAUGUCGUCUGAUUAUGAGCAGGCACAAGCUAUCUGGGACAAGCUAUAGCGGCAGCAUGCUGCAGGCGAUAUGAUGUUGCGUGUUGUACGAUCGCUGUGGAUGCAAUGCUGUGGCUGUACUCUACAUUGGCGACAACUGCUGCAACAACACCUCGGAGAGCUACUCAUUUCUUCUUGCCCAUCUGACUCUUCUUCCCUUGACCCUUCUUCACCUGG